AUGACACCGGACAUCCAGGCCCCUUUCCUCUCCCUGCUGCUGCUGUUCCAAGUGCUUACAGUUGCCAGUGUCACUACCCUGACAGCCUCUGUCCCCACAAGCCCCAGCAGUACUGUACAAGUUUCCAGUACACAAAGCAGCCCAACGUCCAGUCCCACUAAAGAAACUUCUUGGAGUACAACCACCACCUUACUCAGAACCAGCAGCCCUGCCCCAACCCCAACUACCUCUCCAGGCCGCGACGGCGCCUCGACUCCAACCAGCAGCCCUGCCCCGAGCCCGGCUGCCUCUCCAGGCCACAACGGCGCCUCGACCCCAACCAGCAGCCCCGCCCCGAGCCCGGCUGCCUCUCCAGGCCACGACAGCGCCUCGACCCCAACCAGCAGCCCUGCCCCGAGCCCGGCUGCCUCUCCAGGCCACGACAGCGCCUCAACCCCAACCAGCAGCCCUGCCCCGAGCCUGCCUGCCUCUCCAGGCCGCGACGGCGCCUCGACUCCAACCAGCAGCCCUGCCCCGAGCCCGGCUGCCUCUCCAGGCCGCGACGGCGCCUCAACUGCGACCGGCAGCCCUGCCCCGAGCCCGGCUGCCUCUCCAGGCCACGACGGCGCCUCGACCCCAACCGGCAGCCCUGCCCCAAGUCCGGCUGCCUCUCCAGGCCGCAACGGCACCUCGACCCCAACCAGCAGCCCUGCCCCGAGCCCGGCUGCCUCUCCAGGCUAUGACACUGUCCCAUCCCUGGCCAGCAGCCCUGCCCCGAGCCCGGCUGCCUCUCCAGGCCACGACAGCGCCUCGACCCCAACCAGCAGCCCUGCCCCGAGCCCGGCUGCCUCUCCAGGCCGCGACAGUGCCUCGACCCCAACCAGCAGCCCUGCCCCGAGCCCGGCUGCCUCUCCAGGCCACGACAGCGCCUCGACCCCAACUGGCAGCCCUGCCCCGAGCCCGGCUGCCUCUCCAGGCUAUGACACUGUCCCAUCCCUGGCCAGCAGCCCUGCCCCGAGCCCGGCUGCCUCUCCAGGUCAGCACGCCGCCUCAUCCCCAACCAGCAGUGACAUCUCGUCCGUGACCACCAGCUCUAUGUCGAGCUCCAUGGUCACUUCAGCACACAAGGGCACCUCAUCCAGGGCUACCACGACCCCAGUCAGCAAGGGCACUCCAUCCUCAGUCCCCAGCUCUGAAACUGCCCCCACUGCUGCCAGCCACAGUACCAGGACAGCUGCCGUGAGCACUAGCCCUAGUACAGCACUUUCCACCACCUCCCAUCCUAAGACUUCUCAGCAGUUGUCUGUUCAGGUCUCCCUGUUCUUCCUGUCUUUUCGCAUUACAAACCUCCAGUUUAACUCUUCCCUGGAAAAUCCCCAAACCAGCUACUAUCAGGAGCUGCAGAGAAGCAUUUCGGAUGUGAUUUUGCAGACUUAUAAACAGAGGGAUUUUCUGGGCCUCUCAGAGAUCAAGUUCAGGCCAGGAUCUGUGGUGGUAGACUUAACUCUGGCCUUCCAAGAGGGUACCACUGCCGAGUUGGUGAAGGCACAGUUCAGUCAGCUUGAAGCACACGCAGCCAAUUAUAGCCUGACCAUCAGUGGAGUUAGUGUGCGCGAUGCCCAGUUUCCUUCCUCUGCCCCGUCUGCAUCUGAGGUGCCUGGCUGGGGCAUUGCCCUGCUGGUGCUGGUCUGCGUUCUGGUUGCGCUGGCCAUCAUCUAUCUCAUUGCCCUGGUUGUGUGUCAGUGUGGACGAAAGAAAUGUGAGCAGCUGGACAUCUUUCCAACCCUAGAUGCCUACCAUCCUAUGAGCGAGUACUCCGCCUACCACACCCAUGGGCGCUUUGUGCCCCCUGGCAGUACCAAACGGAGCCCCUAUGAGGAGGUUUCUGCAGGCAACGGUGGCAGCAACCUCUCUUAUACAAACCUGGCAGCCACUUCCGCCAACUUGUAG